ACCAAUUUUGAGUUACUUACUACUUUAAUAAUAGGAAAUUGUCAGCUGAAAGAUCUGCAUGGAAUAGCAAUGGCUUCAAAUUUGCUCAGAUUAGAUGUUUCAAACAAUCAAAUCUGUGAUACGUCACCAAUCACUUUUUUGGAAAAAAUAGAAAAUAUCAACAUUGAAAAUAAUUUAAUAACUGAUGUUCUACAUGUUCAUUAUUUAUUGUUUUGUGGCAAUUUAAAGACUUUAUUCAUUGGUGGAAAUCCAGUUUGUGACAAAACAGAUGAAUUAGGAGAACUCAGUAUUUCAAAAGUCGAAAUAAAUUUUAACGUAAACUCUCCUUGUGACAUAAGGAGAAUGCACGGUGAAAUUCCUUCUAAUGAAACCGGCAUAUUAUAUUUAAUAAAAAAUAUUUUAUUCUAGAAAAUACAAACAUUGAAACU